UCCCUGAUUCUUGCGUAACAACAGAGCGGAGCCCGCAUUGAAGAAUCCUUCGUCAGAUCCGGGCUAAUUUCUUUCUUUUUCAUUCCCCUCGGCUUUUCCACUUGCCGGAGAUUCCCGAAGUCUAGCCGAAUCCUCGUCAUCAGCCUCGGCGAGGAAUCGAGAGAGAGAGAGAGAGAGAGAGAGAGAGAAAGAAAGAUAAACGAGGGUGGUUCGGGAUUAAAAAGCAGCGCCGUGAAAUUAAGGAACGUUAUUUACAUUUUAGUGCUCAAAAAAAGACUAUAUGAGUCGAAGGUCGAGCGGAGUAUAAGAGACGCUUUCUUUGGACAAUCUCCUACAUGCUCCAAUCAGACCGCUAAUAAUAAUAAUAAUAAUAAUAAUAAUAUUACUGCAGCAAAAAAUCGGAUUAUAGCGUUGAAUACAAAACAGGAUAGAAAAAAAGGGUGUAUAUCGCCGGUUAAAUAAAUAAUUAGCCAUCCACCGGCCAACGGUUUACAGCAAGCGGUGAAAUAUAUAUAAAUAGAUAUAUUUUUCCCCCCACGAAGAAAGAGAGGGGGAGAGAGAGAGAGAGAGAAGGAACGAGAACGAACGACUGCCUUUGUUUUUUUUCUGUCGGAGGUGAUUUAAUUAAAACCAGGAGUCGAUGUGAAUCCAGCCACAAGAAGACAAGACGGGAAAAUCGAUUUUCUUUUUUUUAAAAGGACAUGUUUAAAUAAACAAGCGACGCCGCUGUGGACUCUCUUUAUAUAGAUAUAUAAAAUAAAACCACAGGACCGGUUUCAUCAUUCGUGUCGCGCAGGCUGGACAUUGAUCUUCGCACAUUGAAAUCAUCACCAUAUUUAUAACCCGAUAUAUUUUGUUAUAAUCUAUCCAUUGGCUAUUCCAUUGUUUCCCCACACCUCCAUUACUUCUGCUGCAGGAUUGCAAAUUCCACGCGUGUUUUUUUUAGUUUUCCUGCGUUUCUUUUGAACGGAAUUGUGUGUAGUUCACACCCGCUGGUAGUAUAGCAUUGAAUUCAGAUAUAUUUUAUAUUUAUUUGUGUUUUUUUUUCCCCGCCCGCUGGUUUUUGUUUGUGGUUGUUUUUCAGAAACACGCUGUCUUUUGUUUCAUAAUAAUAUUAUUAUUAUUAUUAUUAUUAUUAUUAUUAAUAACAGCGCCGCUAACAAUAAUAUUCUGCACAUUAUAUCCCAUAAGCAUUGAGAACAGUAACCUUAUCCCAGCCUUUUUAUUUUAAUAAAUACACAUCGAUUUAUUAAUUAAUUUAUUUAUUUAUUUAGACUGUGGGGUGUGUACCUUUCUCGCUUGCAAACAUACAUACGUACAUAUAUAUAUAUAUAUAUAUAUAUAUAUAUUUUUAAAAAAUAUUAUUAUUAUUAUUAUGUCGGCCGAGGUCGUUUCCAACAUUAUGAUGCCGGGAGCUCGGGUAAUGUUAGACCGGGAAAGGGACGUUGAUAACCCGGCCCAAGCUUUAUCAUCGUCGCCCGGGAGCGGUUUGAGCUCCACCCGGGGAAUCAAGCGAGGAGAUCCGGACUCCGAGGCGUCUUUGGCGGCCAGUGCGAUGAACGCGGCCGCGGCGGAGUGCAAGAGGCCUCGCAUGGACGGAGGACUGGCUGCCGGAGAGAUUUCACUGAGUGACCCUUUGACCUCCGGUUACCACGGAUACCAGCCCAUGCACAGCCAGGGCACUCAGGAUCCUGCAGUUGGGACGGACGGUUUGCUGCCCCCUCCUUUCGCUGCCUUCCCUCCCCCACCCCCCCCUCAGAACGGGCUGGGGUCAGAGUUCAUCGUGCCAGAGUUCCCUGGGCAGGAUCUGCCCCUCAGUAUGUACGGGGCUGCUCCGGGGCAAGCGCAGGGGGAGAGCGGGGCAAAUAACAGCCAGGGGGGCAACAACACCAACAACACAGGGGGCAGUGUGAACAACAGCAACGCAGGCACCAGCGCACAGACAGACGGUUCAGCCCAGACAGACGGACAGACAGAUGGACAGACUCUGUCCCCCGACAGUGUGGACCCCAAAGCCACCCCCAAGAGGCUGCACGUCUCCAACAUCCCCUUCCGAUUCAGGGACCCCGAUCUCAGGCAGAUGUUUGGGCAAUUUGGGAAGAUCUUGGAUGUAGAAAUCAUCUUUAAUGAGAGAGGCUCCAAGGGGUUUGGUUUUGUCACAUUCGAGGCUGGUGAAGAUGCUGAGAAGGCGAGGGAGGCUCUGCACGGCUCUCUGGUCGAGGGGAGGAAGAUCGAGGUAAAUAACGCGACGGCUCGAGUCAUGACCAACAAGAAAGUGGUCAGCCCUUACGCUAAUGAAAUAGGUUUCUGGCUGCAGAAUACUAAGGACAGCUCUGCCUUGAAUAUUGUCCCAGGAUCAACAGCCAGCCCUCAGGAAAACCACUGGGGUUGGAAGUUGAGUCCAGUCAUGGGUGCUGUCUAUGGCCCAGAGCUCUACGCAGCUCGGAGCGAACUGGGACUGUUCCCUGGCUUCCCGUAUCCCACCGCUGCCACCACUGCGGCCGCUGCAGCGUUCAGGGGGGCUCACCUGAGAGGACGUGGGAGGACUGUGUACAGCACAGUGAGGGCAGCCGUGCCCCCGACUGCGAUACCAGCGUACCCAGGUGUGGUGUAUCAGGAUGGGUUUUACGGAGCUGACCUGUAUGGGGGCUACGCUGCGUACCGAUACGCUCAGCCCACCGCCGCGGUAACCGGGGCAACCGCUGCAGCCGCCGCCGCCGCGUAUAGUGAUAGUUACGGCCGGGUGUUCACCACAGACCCCUACCACGCCCUCGCACCGGCAGCCGCUGCAGCGUACGGAGUGGGAGCCAUGGCGAGUUUGUACCGGGGUGGGUACAGCCGGUUCGCCCCGUACUGAUUUGAACCCACGGUGGAGGAGCACAGCGCCCCCUGUCUGCAACAUUAACCUGAGCAGAAAUGGAGGAACUCCACGAAAUCAACAAACCAACCAACCAGCUCAACACAGGGAUGGAAACAAGACUCCCAUCGCUCUCCAGCAACGAAAACACAAGGACUUCAACCGAUAACAAGACUCCCAUCGCUCUCCAGCAACGAAAACACAAGGACUUCAACCGAUAACAAGACUCCCAUCGCUCUCCAGAAAUGAAAACACAAGGACUUCAACCGAUAACAAGACUCCCAUCGCUCUCCAGAAACGAAAACACAAGGACUUCAACCGAUAACAAGACUCCCAUCGCUCUCCAGAAACGAAAACACAAGGACUUCAACCGAUAACAAGACUCCCAUCGCUCUCCAGAAACGAAAACACAAGGACAUCAACCGAUAACAAGACUCCCAUCGCUCUCCUGAAACGAAAACACAAGGACAUCAACCGAUAACAAGACUCCCAUCGCUCUCCAGAAACGAAAACACAAGGACUUCAACCGAUAACAAGACUCCCAUCGCUCUCCAGAAACGAAAACACAAGGACUUCAACCGAUAACAAGACUCCCAUCGCUCUCCAGAAACGAAAACACAAGGACAUCAACCGAUAACAAGACUCCCAUGGCACAGCAGUUUGAGAGCCAGUCCAGGUUUUACAUUUGUUCAGACUGAGAGCUUCAUUAUUAACCCUAAUAAGACUCCCAUCGCACAGCAGUUUGAGAGCCAGUCCAGGUUUUACAUUUGUUCAGACUGAGAGCUUCAUUAUUAACCCUAAUAAGACUCCCAUGGCACAGCAGUUUGAGAGCCAGUCCAGGUUUUACAUUUGUUCAGACUGAGAGCUUCAUUAUUAACCCUAAUAAGACUCCCAUCGCAUAGCAGUUUGAGAGCCAGUCCAGGUUUUACAUUUGUUCAGACUGAGAGCUUCAUUAUUAACCCUAAUAAGACUCCCAUCGCAUAGCAGUUUAUUAUGAAGCUCACAGAAUGGAUGUAAAAUCUGGACUGGCUGUCAAACUGCUGUUUGUUUCCAUCCCUGUAAAAAAAAGAGAGAGAGCGAUCAUCAAACUCUAGAGAGAGGAGGGAAAGAAAAACAGAGUCUUUUAUACCUCAAUUACUUUCUCCUUAAAUGAAAAAAGAAAAAAAAAAUGUGUUUCCUUCUUCAUUACCCUUAUACAUAUUCCCAUUAUUAUUAUUAUUGUUUAUGAUUACUAUGAUUAUUACAGUAUAUAUAUUUCUGAGUUCCAAAGAGUUUUUUUUGUUUUUUGUUACUGUGGUAUAUUGCAAAGCAUUUUCUUGUGUGUUAUAAAUUUGAGGGGGAGGAGCUAUAGGGCUGGAGGCGGGGUUUAGAGAAGCUGUCAUAGAAUGCUGGGGCUGGACUGAGCCAUUCCUCAAGGCUGUAAGGGGGGAGGGAGGGUUGGAUUAUACCAUUAUAUGAGCUAUAGGCAAGGAACCGGUGGAAUUCGCAUUCUUAUAACACUAAAUAUUUUGUUUUGAUGUGCAAGACUUUAUUAUUAUUAUUAUAAUUUUUUUGUAACCUUCGUCCUGGCAUAAGUUUGCUGCAAAUGUGCUUUUUGUUUCUACCCUGCCCCCAUCCAAAAAUUAUGAAUUUCAAAUAGUUUUAGUUUCGAGUGAAUUUUGGAUAUUUUUUUUUUUUGUACUCAGUUUAGUUUCAAUCACGCUGAUGAAGGCACUAGAGCCCCAAACUAGAGCUGGUCUGCUGGACUCAGUUUAGUUUCAGUCACGCUGAUGAAGGCACUAGAGCCCCAAACUAGAGCUGGUCCGCUGGACUCAGUUUAGUUUCAAUCACGCUGAUGAAGGCACUAGAGCCCCAAACUAGAGCUGGUCUGCUGGACUCAGUUUAGUUUCAAUCACGCUGAUGAAGGCACUAGAACCCCAAACUAGAGCUGGUCUGCUGGACUCAGUUUAGUUUCAGUCACGCUGAUGAAGGCACUAGAGCCCCAAACUAGAGCUGGUCUGCUGGACUCAAUCACAGUGAUGUUCCCUCAGCUUUACCAUCAGUGCAUUUUUUUUUUCGUUUUAAAUAUCAAUGCAUUGAAUUCUUGAACUGCAAUCAAGAUUUUCAGCAUUGGCCCGACCGCCUCCCACCCUCUUUUUCAACCUCGCACAAUAAUGAACAUUUCAAAGAUGUUAGUUUCCCUUGUACAGUAUGCAGCAGGCUCUCCAAUUAUACUGUGAGAUUCAUGAUGUUGUUUGAAAUCAGGUUUUGAAAAAAAAACUAUUUUUUAAAUGCAAAAGACUUGCUUAUUUGUUCUCCUUUGUGAAAAAUCAUGUGGUUUUUUCCCUGUUCGCAGUCUAGUCAAAGUGUGUAUUUAUUGUAAUAUACUCUAUAUGGGGUGAGAGUGAAAUUGAGAAGUCGGGUGCAGUUCAUACCCCCAGCCAGCAGGUGUCCCCGUGACAAGGCUUUGACAUGUCAAUAGAAGCCAGCUCGGCCAAUGGGAGGCCGCGGGACGUGGUGGGGGGAGUGAAAAGGAAGUAGGACAGGAAGUCGAUUCUUUAAUCGCCCUUUGAACUUCCUGUAGAAAUAAAAUGGAGAAUAAUGUCUUUUUUUUUUAAAGCAAUGCACAGACUUUCGCGUUUUGUUUUUUACGUUAGUUUCUUCAGUGCUCGCCGAAGGCAUCGUAUAUUUUUGUUUCAAAUUUCUUCUUUUUAUGACUUCAUUUUUUUUUUCAAUGUAUAUAAAUAUUUUAGUUUUAGAAAUGUUACAGCGAGGAAACAUUCGCAAACCAAAAUUAAAUAAACAUUGUGUAAAUAAAAUCAAACGAAAAAAUUUCAAUCUUGACUGACAGAAACAGACGGACAGAAUCCUGGUGUUAUAAUAAUAAUUGAAAAAAGUCCCCCUUUUCAGUUUGCCGUUCUGCACCGCUACUGUAGAGCGGAGAUGGACAAGGUGCUGUCUGUCCUGUUCUGAAUCGUUUAAUCAAACCAAUAAAAUAAACCUCCGUCCAUCCAGACCCUGAAGUCGUUCAUGAUCUUCCCUGUUAAACCCGGAGUAGAAUAUCCCUCCAGGACUCUGAUUGAUUUGAUUUAGACACCUCCCUGCUGUAGAGUUUACUCUCAAAGCUGCUCUUGGUGUCUCAACGCCCUGUAAUGCCCCUAACCUCCACCAGGAGGAGACUAGCACACAUUACCUCUGUCUUCUUUAAACUCCUGCAAUUCUGAAGCAGUUGAGUUCUAACACUAAGCACUAAGGGAGGCUGCAUUACAAUCACUGCCUGGGCUGAUGUGUUAUAAAGCUGAGGGAACUUGGUUUCAGGAGAGGGGGUUUCAAGUCACGGCACGGCACCCCGGAUGAAAUUUCGGGGUUCGAUACAGCAAUCUCAAACUAGGUCUCCUGGAACCAGGUUUCAAGCCGCAUGUUCCUGAAAAAGUGGCGUUGUUUUUCCCUCUGUAUUUAGACACUAAAGUUACAAUGCAAUAUCAUGCAGUCCACUAGAACGCAUCGCUUCCCUUUUUAUAGGUGCAGAGCGCUGGCUGGUAAAUCCUUCUGCAGCGUGUCUGUGGAUCUGCGGUCUGUAACAAUGACAGCAUGUUAAAGCUGGACACUAGAAUGCGUUGCCUCUUGGUGCCACUGCCUGUUUUUACACACUAGGGGGCGGAGUUUAGAACUUAUUUUAAUUGCCUUUUUAAAAUAAAUAAAUAAGGCAAGCCCCUCCCACUGUGUCUGCGUCACAUUGUGUGUAUUUAAAUGACACUACGUUGUGUACAUAGAUACAAGUCAACUUGAUUUGAUCCGAGUCAGUCGAUGCUUUUGAGACAGUGUCUGGUACAACUGUACAAACUACAGCCAUACAGCAGACUGACUACAUGUACAUAGACACAUUUUUUGCUUCGUUUUGUUUAUUUUAAUUUUGUGUUGUAAUUUUCUGACGUUCUCUAAAGGUGCUGCUCUUGAUGUAACCGCUAGGUGGCAGCGUUCUGUACCGUGGCCUGCUCUGAUUGUAUACACUAGGGGGCGGUGUGGAGUUUAGCAGAGUUAAGACCUGACUCUCUUAAGACUAGAGAAGGUGGUGUGUUGUUUAGCUCUACUUGCAAUGGCUGUUGUGUACACUAGAGGCAGUGUGGAGUUUAGACCGGACUGUUUCGGUAGCAGUGUUUUUGUACCGCUCUACUUGCAAUAACUGUUGUGUACACUAGGGGGCAGAGUCCUCUAGCAGUCUGUCUGUCUUGUUUUGAAACACCAGGAUUUGGUGUGGUGGGGGUUUCCCUAAUUUAUUAUUCCAAUUAUAUAUAUGUGUGUUUUUUUUGUGUGAAUGUUUCCUUGCUGCGUUGUAGCUGAUACGGUAUAGAAAUCACAUAACCAUGCAGUAUUCGAUGGGGUUUCCUCUCUCCCUCCCGGAAAAAUAAAA